AUGAAGACUAUAUCAGAUGCUAUUGAAAAAAUUAAAAUUAGUGGAAAAAUGAAUUUAUUUGGUGUUUAUGCAAAAGUAUUUAAAAUUAUGUUAUCAAGUUGGAAAGAGACAAUUGAUCAAGUUGAAAUUGAAGAACAUAUGAAAGAACUUGAACAACUUAUUCUUCCAAGUAAUGAAGAAUGGAGACAUCAAGUUUAUUAUAGACUUGUUGAUCUUCAACGUGAAAUUGAUUUAGGUAUCGAUAAAAUAAAUGAUGAUGAAAUGAAUAUCCUAGAAGAUGAUGAUGAUUAUUUAAAUGAUGAAAAAUUAAUUAAAAAAAUUAAUUAUUUAUCAGAAUGGGAGCCAUUAGGAACGAUAAUAGAUAAUAAAGAAAAUAAAAAUUCUAUAGAAGAUUUAAAAUCAAAUAUUAUUGAAGUAUGUGAUGAACCUGGCUGGAGAAUUAAUGAUAUAAUUUUAGCAUCAAAAGUACUUGAAAAAACAAAAAAUUCUAAACAAUUAAUUUAUUCAGAUGAAGCUGAAAUGAGACGAGUAUUUGGUCUUGUAUAUGAUGUUUUACGUUAUAAACAAAUUUUAAAUCAAACUCUUGAAGAUUCAGAUUUUUGGAUAAAACAUAAUAAUUUUUGACUAAAAAAAAAAAUUGUAUGGUUAUUAUUAUAUGACAUGCAAAGUCGUAAAUUUAAAAAUACUUUAAAAAUAGAUAUAUUAAAAAUUCGUAAACGUGCAUUUAUAAAUGCAAAUCUUCAGCAAAUUGAAGAUGCACUUGUUAAAUCAAAAAUUCGUUUAGCAGCAAGUAUUUCACGUUUAAGAAUUGGUGGUUCAGCUUUGACACUAGAUAAAUUAUUACCAAUACAUCUUAGAAAUACAAAUGAUGAAUUACUUGCAUUUGGUUGGGUUAAUACAAUUAAAAUACCAACAAAAUUAGAUUUUAUAAAUGAAAUGAAAAAACUUGGUUUUAUAUUAUCUAAAAAAAUUAAUAAUCUAUAUAAAAAUGAAUUUAAUUUUGAUACAAUAUGUCCAAAAGUUAUAAUAUUAAAUGAUUCAUCACGUGAAAUACUUGCAAAAUCAAAUUUAGUUAAAAAUAAUUGUUUUAUUUUUUUAGAUAAAACAUUAUGUCUUGGUGCUGCUGCAUUAGUUAGAAUAAUUAAAUUAAAAAAAUUAUGUGGACCAGUUAUAUUAACUCAUACAAUUGCACCACGUCAUACUGCAUAUUUAAUAAGUAUUUUAGGUGAUAUUGAAAAUACAGAAAGACUUUUAGUAUUUGAUGCUGGCGAAAAAAGAGAAGAAUAUGAUAAUUAUUUAAAAAAACUUGGUUUUAAAGCAAAUGAAUAUAAAAUAUUUACUGAAAAAUAUAAUGAAGCACCAGGUUUUUCAGAAAUGGAACGUGCUACUGUUGUAUUAGCAUCACCAAAUUGUAGUUAUACUGGUUUAAAAGAUAUUGUUGAUCUUGUUAUUGCACGUGGUGGUGAUAUGGAGCUAUUAGAAAAAUUAACAAAUAUUAAUGAUGAAUUACAAAUGGAAAGACCACGUCAAUUAUUAGCUGAACAAUUAUCAAUUUUAAAAUAUUCAUUAACAAAACCAAAUGUUCAAUUACUUGUAUAUCAAACACACAGUAUUUUACCAUCAGAAACAACUGAAAUGGUUGAACAGGUUGUACAGUAUGCAAAUAAAAUGGCAAGAGAUAAAUAUACAAAAGAUCAUCCACGUCGUAAAUCACCAAAAGAAACAAGUCCAAAAAAUUGUGGUAGAUCAUCACGUUCAAGUAAACGUUCAACAAUACAUCAAGAUUCACGUUGUAAAAAUUCCAUUGAAGAUUAUGAUGAUAAUGAUGAUGAUAAUAAUACAACAAUUAUUGAAUCACAAAUACCAGAUUCUGAUUUAUUUGAAAUAUGCCAAAUGUCAGAUUUACGAAUUGAUAAUUCAUCACGUCCAGUAACACCAUUUCCUGAUAAUGAAAAUGGUUGUUAUAUUUGUAUAAUACGUCGUCGUGAAAUGAUGCAAUUUAAUUCUCUAUUUAUGAUAAAAGUUGCUGAAACAAAAGGUUUAUUUGGUGAUCCAAAUGUUAAAAAUAAUAAUGAAGAAAAAGAAGAAAUAAAAGAAGAUAAAAAAUUACCAAUAAUUGAAAAAAAAAUUAAAUAUUAUAAAAAAAAAAAAAAAAUUAAAUUAGAUAGUAUUGCAGCACCAACACAUUCAUCAAUAAUUAAAUCAGGUUCACAUAUUAUAUCAAAAAAAUUAAUUGAUAAUAAUAAUACAAAUUUAGAUACAUAUUUAACAUAUUCAAAAUUUCAUUGUCAAAAAUAUAAACAACGUAUUGCUCGUAAUGAGUGUGAAUUAAUGACACAAAUACAAGAAACACGUAGACAAGAUGUAAGACGUUGGUGGGAACAAUCAGCAAUAUUUUUAACACAUGCUGCUAAAUGUGAAACAUGUAAAUUUCGUAUAUUUCAUACUGAUCCUUGGACUCAAAGAGUUCUUUAUGCACCAAAAAUACAUGAUAUUACAUUUGAUCAUCAUUUGAUUUAA